AUGGCGGGGCCCUGCCUGCGGCCGGGUGCCGUCCGAGCUCGCUACCGCGAGCGCCUGCUCCGCUUCCACCUUGACACCCUCCCGCGCUACAAGCACGGCCUGCAGAGCCGCAUCUACCGGUUCAUUGCCGAGCGGCAGCGCCUGGGGAGGGAGAGAAAGAAAGACAAGGGGAGGAUCGUGGACCUGGUGAGGAGGCAAUUGCUGGGGAGUGAGGGUACUGGUGCUGGUAGUGUUCCGGGAGGGACGCAGGAUAUACAGGGGACGGGGACCGGGUCGGCCGCUGCAGGUCGCGGUGGUGGGGCGGGGCAUGAGCACGACAAGCUUAGGAAAGGAGUCGAAGGCCGUGCUUCUGCUGUUGCUUCUGCUGCUGCUGCGGGCGCAGUGGCGCACGGGGCUAGUAGGGGGAAGAUGCAGAGUCAUUAUGGCGGCGCGUCUGGGUUUGGAUAUGGAGCAUACGGGACGGGGCCUAGAGCGGCGCCUCCUCCUCCGGAUCGAGGGUCCAGGCGGCAGAGGUUGGCCGCCGUGGCCGGGAGCGUGUACCGAGCCGGGGUGGCCGCUGCCAGCGAGCUGAAGGAGCAGUACAGUAAUACGAGGAUGCGCGGGGUGGACAUGUCGGGCCCGCAGGUGUCGAUCCCUGGGGCGUUUCCGCAGGUGUCGAUCGUCACGAAAGGCGAGGAGCAGAUGGUGCUGUUCCCCACGUAUGCCAAGAGGCAUGUGCGAGAGUUCGGCGGCUCGCAGGGCGGAGUUCCGCCGGGGACAUCGUUCCAGGCGGCCAACGCGGCGCAGAUGGGCAUGACGGAGGAGGAGUACUGGAAGCAGGAAUGGGCCAGGUUGGAGGAUGAGAAGGCCGUGGUGGAUGUCGAUGUGAGGGGGUGGAUAUACAUGCCCAACAAGGGACCGAUGACACGGCGAAACCGGAUAUUGGUCGGCCUUGCAAGAAGGCUCAGCGGAAUCCCGGCGCCGGUCGCGCAUUCGGACCCUGCGGCGAACUCGAAUGAACUGUCUGAAGAGAUGAAGGAACAGCAAAGGAUAGCGCAAGAGGCACGGAAGAUUGAGCGGCGAGGGCAGGAGGAGAAGGAGAUGGCAAUCAGAGGAGCGUAUAGCGAAUCCCCCAGCGGCUCCAAGGGGAAAAACCACGACCGUGUUUCGCCGCCUCCGUCGCCGACGUUGUCGGCCAGGACGUCCUCCAUGUCCCAGGCGGACAUGACGGAGGCAGAACUCGCGCUUGCGAACGCAAACUUGAUGGCGCGUCUGGGCCCAUUCAUGACGACGCCAUUGGUGCAGGUCCCUAUUAGCAUCUUCUUCUACAAUGACGAGCAGUCCCGGAGCCAUACGGUAUCAACUGACGACUCGGGACACUUCAGCGCCCGGGUCGCCCUCGAUUUCGUGCCGACGAAUGUAAGGGUCUUGGCAAACGACAUCUCGACGAUCAAACCUGUCCAGGUCAUUGAGUCGAGGGGCGUCAGCCUGAUCAGCGAUGUCGAUGACACGGUAAAACAUUCCAACAUCGGGAUGGGUACUCGCGAGAUCUUCAGGAAUACCUUUGUGCGGGACCUGGCAGACUUGACCAUCGAGGGGGUCAGAGAAUGGUACCACCGAAUGCAGGAUUUGGGUGUCAUGGUGCACUACGUCUCCAACAGCCCGUGGCAGCUGUUUCCUGUGCUGGCCACCUUCUUCCACACCGCCGGAUUGCCUCCGGGAUCGAUCCACCUGAAGCAGUACAGCGGCAUGCUGCAGGGUAUUUUCGAGCCAGUUGCGGAGAGAAAGAAGGGCACACUAGAGAGAAUUAUCAGAGAUUUUCCGGAACGGAAGUUCUUGCUCGUGGGCGACAGCGGCGAGGCAGAUCUGGAGGUUUAUACGGAGCUUGUCCAAGCGAACCCAGGCCGCAUCCUGGCUGUUUUUAUACGGGAUGUCACUACUCCUGACCAAACAGGCUUCUUCGACUCCUCGUUCACCAUCGACUCCGCUCAGCGCAGCAGGCAAGGCAGCAUUCAGGGUAGGCUCGAAAACAUACAGGUCGACGAUGAGUCCGAGAAGCGGCCACAGCUUCCUCCCCGGUCAACAACAGGCCCGACCCUAAGUCCAGGACCAGCCAUGGGGCUCCUGAUAGACCUUGAUGAGCCUGAGCAUGUGAGCUCACCUACUGAGCGCAGGAACCCCUCUGGGCCCGAGAGCACCCCCUAUAGCGGAAAACCCUGCACGCCAGGUUCCGAUAGCCUCCCCCGAAAACCACCACCGCCGCGCCCGGCCAAACCCGCUGCCUUGCGUAGCAACCUAUCAGAUACGAGCACUAACACUCAGAGAAGCCAUCCUUCGGGGCCUGAGAGUGGCCCAGGUUUACCCCGACCACAGACAUCUGCGGGCACACCACCACCCAACACCUCCAAACCAACGCCUCCUCCGCCCCCGCCUCCCCGUCGCCGUGGUACAGCCCCUACCACACAGUCUCAACAGCAGCAGCAGCAGCGCAGCGCCGCGAAUAAUACCUCCUUCUCAGACUUUGCUGGGAUAGAUCCCCUCCCUGCUGUAGCUGGCGCGUAUCCUGGCAGCAGCAACAUCACCGAGACGGCGACACCGCCGAACGGGCCGGCGACGGCUCCGGUGGCCAUUGCCAACAAAAAGGUGGACUUGUGGCUGCGGCGGCUGGCGAGAGCGCACGAGAUACUGGAUGCCCAGGGGGUCAAGCUGUAUACUUGGCGGAGAGGGGAUGAUGUGGUUACCGAGGCAGAGGGGAUUGUGAGGGAGGCGAUGAGGGAGACGGGUAUGGGGGUAAGGGACUAAGGGGCUAGACUACGGUCAAGGGGUAAAGAGAAAGGUUAACUGGGUAUGCUUGGGAGGGUCGGGAUGGGUUUUGUGUUUCAGGUAGAGCGAUGAGGAGGAUUUGACGGAAGAAUACCUUACGAAGCAGGAAGCGGCUUCAUCAUAGAGGGAUAUAGACCUAUGGGGCAACAACGCGACUUAUGUAUAUGCCAGUUGGGGACACGGAUACAUACCAGGUUAAAUGACCUCCGGUGUAUGGAAUUCGACCCUAACUUAGAUUGUUUUCCAUCCCGUGACUCAAAUAACUAAUAGAAAAAAAAAAGGAAG